GAAAUGGCGAAAGUUUUCUAAAACAUUAGUGCUGGUGAAGGAAGAGAAAAGCCAAGAUCUACCGAGAAGAUACUAUCGUGAUUUUGUAUACAUCUAUUCACAUAGCUUCAAAACCUAAGAAACUGAAAAUGAUAGAAUUCAAUGAUGCAGUCAUACCAGAAACUGGUAGAUCAAGCAGGAACACAUUGGUAAGUAUGUAAUUUAACAAAGUGAAGUAACACGCCCUAAUAGACACUUACGAAAUCAAGAUUGCAUGCGGUGGAUGAAGAGUAUCUACUAUUCUUAAAUACACAGAAAGCCAUCUCCAAAAACGACUUUAAAGAAUGAAUAAAAAUGAAACAUUCUCUGUUGACAAUACAGUGGGUCUGGAAAUAAAGUAAAAGAUUUUGAAAUUUUUAUGGAUUUGGGAAAAGAAAAGCAUCUUGAAAUUAAACAUUCGAGAAAUGUCAUAAUGGCAGUUGACAAAAUAUUUUGAAAUAAAUGACAACGAGAAUAAUACUAAAGUAAGUAAAAGGAAGAAUAAAAGCAGGAAAGAAAAUAAUGAAAUAUAAAAUCAAGAAACAAAGAAAAGAACAAACGGUUCUUUGGCAGAUCCAAUUAAUAGGGAAACUCCUAGCAAAACUAACCAAGACAGAAAGAGAAAAGGCGUUAAGUAAGUAAUGUUAGCAACAUAAAGGAGCCAUAACCAGGUGGACCAGACAUUUAAAAAGAACCAAUGUGGCAUACUAAAAUCAGUGUUUUGAAUGUAUUUGAACCUAGCUGGCACAAAUAAUUUUGUGUGGUUUGAGCUGGUGAAACAAAUAGCUACUCAAUAAAUUGAAAGAGUGAUUGAGAAUCCCCCGCCCCAGUGAAAAGGGGAGCCACGAUUUGAUUCAUGACAAACGGAGUCUGUGAAAUGGCAAAACAGUUCCCAUAAUGGACGUUAGUAAAAUUAGAAUAUAAAUACAGAUUUUGAAUGAGUGAAUAAUAUUGCUACCAUGUCAUGGAGUCACUGGUUUCCCCUCAUUACCCAUGAUUUCUGUCUUAUUCUCACUGAGCUUCUAAUGGACCGCCCAUAAAUUUCAGCAGCGCACGUCCUGUCCCAUAGGACUUCAAUGACUCGGGGAGCUCUUCUUGUGGCUCUGCUUUGCAUCGUUGUGUCUGUGGGCAUGUACAGUUCCAUCAGCUGGCCUGCAGCCUGGCUGGGGUGGCCCCCCAUAACCCCCACAGCCACCCUCCCCCUGCAAAGCCCAACGUAGUGCUUCCCCCAGAAGUGUGAGAUCAAAUGGAAGGCUGAGAGGAUGCACGGCCAUCACCUCUUGCCCCGCAGAGACCAGCAGUCAUGAGCUAUGACCUUACAGAGUCAGUCCCUGCUGCCUGCAGCCCCAGUUGGCACACUGACAUGGUCAAGGGCAGACAGGCAGAGAGCUUCGCCUCCCUCUGUUGUGCCACAGCUCAGGUUUCAGCCUUCCAAAUAUAAGGUGUUCCCGGGGGUCCCAGAGCACACCCACCUUCCCUGCAGAGUGCUCUUGGCCUGAGGCACUCAGUCCCUCCUGGAUCACUACCAUUCUUUCCGUGUGUGUUUUCUCAGGAAACCUGAAAACACGUUUAUUUCAAAAGAACAAAUUGGAGAAAAUAGGGAGAAGAAUGGCAUCAGUUCCCUCCAUUGGUUGCCUGCUGGCCAGAAAUCAGUAUUAUCGAAAGGCCAGCAUUUCUUCAGUUAGCUCUUUAAGCGGCUCUGAUUCUGUUAACGUCAUACCUGAUGACAAAUCCCAACAAGAGUUACCAAAAGUGGCAGAAUCCGACUGGUGGUUUAAAUCCUUUUUCCAUUCUGAACCGGAGCUUUCAGAUGUAAGAAGAAAAGAUCUGUCUGCUAGUAGCUCUCAUAGUUGAUUCUGAUGAUCCAGAAGAUCCUGCCUGCUGAGCUGCUGUUAUCUGUGAAGCACACCUUUCAGUACUAAGCUAUUCCAGGUGACUUUCCUUCAUUAUAGGAAGACAGAAACCUGCUGGAGUUCCCAUUUCCCAGACAGGAUCUGCAGACACCCAGACAGCGAAAGUUUAGGCAGUUUCCUCAAAACACAGACGAUUGUGCAAGUGGCAUCAGCAACGUGGAGACUAUCGAGAAGCAUGGCUUUGAAAAGUAACGAGUCUUCAAAUGUAGUGACUUGUGUGAAAUAAACUUUUCCUUACCCAUGUGAUUUUUCAAAGAGUGUUUAAAAGUUGUUAUUUUCAAUUUUCCAAAAAAUUCUUAGACUCUUUAUAUGUCUGUCAAAUGAUUAUGUCUUAAAAGUGAAGCGUUGUGCCUAAUGAUGGUCGGAAGGGCGUUGUACUCACAAAUGUAGAGAACAGUUGCAAAACUGUACUUUUAAUCAUGAACAUUGGAAAUAGAAAACACACCCAUAGAUACAUCACCUGUUACAAAUAGAUUACUGCAGGGGCGCCUGGGUGGUUCGGGAGGUUAAGCGUCCAACUCUUGAUUUUGACUCAGAUUAUGAUCUCAUGAUUUGUGUGAUUGAGCCCCACAUCGGGCUCUAUGCUGUCAGUACAGAGAUUCUCUCUCUCUCUAUCUGCCUCUCAAAAUAAAUAAAUAAACAUUAAACAUUUUUGAAAAAUAUAUCACUGUAUACAUAACUAAUUGGUUAUUGUGUAGACUUUAAAUUUCAUAAUUUUAAAUAAUAUUUAACAAUAUGGAAAAUCAUGAUAGAAAGUUGAGUAAAAAAGGAGAAUAAUUUAUAUGUGAUAUGAUUUUAGUUGUUAGAAAUGUACAUAUUCAUAAUAAUAGUUUCAAAGGAAAUACACCAAAAUGGUAACAGUGGGUGUUUCUGGAGAUGGGAUUAUAGGUGAUUUUCAUUUUCUUCUUUAUAUUUUUCUGUGUCUUCAAAUUUUCUAAUAUGAUAAGUUUUGUGUCUAAUUAGAAAAUAAUGAGUGAUUGGUCACAUUUCAUGAAUAUGAGUAUUUCCUACAUCGGCUAGAAUAGUCCCUACUUUCCUCAAUAUGGGGUAGAUAAUACCAAGACUUGCAGUUGAAAAGUUUCUGUAUACUGCUUGUAAAUAUUUUUCAAUGUGAAAUGUGAGGCUUCAGAAAUUUGGGGUGGUUUGGGGCACCUGGGUGGCUCAGUUGGUUAAGCGUCUGACUUCGGCUCAGGUCAUGAUCUCGCGGUCCGUGAGUUUGAGCCCCAUGUCGGCCUCUGUGCUGACAGCUCAGAGCCUGGAGCCUGUUUCAGAUUCUGUGUCUCCCUCUCUCUCUCUGCCCCUCCCCUGCUCAUGCUCUGUCUCUGCUCCAUCUCUCUCUCAAAAAUGAAUAAACGUUAAAAAAAAUUAAAAGAAAAAGAAAUUCAGGGUGGUGAAUUCACUAAGAGGUCAAUGUCACUAGUUUUAUGUGACUAUUGUUGCAUUAAACACCCUGUAGAGCACACAUGGUUGUUGGUAAAACUGUCUUCCUGCCCAACUGUGUUAACAUGAGAAAAAAUAUCAGGACUGACCAUUUACUGUGCUGGAGACAACUGAACAAUUUUUUCCUACUCUUUCCAAAUGGGACAUGCAUUCCCUCAAUUUUGUGUGUCUCUAUCACUUUGCUGUCAAUGAAGGGACUCAUAUGUCACUGUGGCCCAGUAGCACCCCAUUAUUUACACAUUACUGCUUUUCUGGUGUUGCCCGCCUAUGCAUUUUAUGUAUUUGUAGAGACUAAUGACAUGUCUGGGCUCUGUAUUUCAUUUGGCUUUACUGAAAAAUUAAAUUACAGGGAUUGAAGACCAAGUGUUUUUUUCUAAAGUUAGGGAAAAAUGUGAUGAGACUAACAUGGUAAAUUGUGGGAGGUUUUGUUUUUACUUUAAGAUUAUCAACAAAUUCUUUUUUUCUUGGACACUUGGUAUAUGUGUGAACAGAUUGCUUGUUUAGGUUAUUCGAUGAAUUUCCUCAAAUAUGUUAUCAAGUUGACAUUUGCUUUGUUCACCAAGAAAUAUAAUGUUCAUUAAAUUAUAUUUUGCCUAUGCAUUUGUA